AUGGAAGAUAUCAACUCAGGCCCAGGGACGAAUGCCAAUCCGAUCGUUUUUUUUGACAUAGCCCUAGGAGGCGAACCGCUAGGUCGCCUAAAAAUGGAGUUAUUCGCAGAUGUCACUCCUCGGACAGCCGAAAAUUUCCGCAGAUUCUGCACAGGUGAAAGCAAAAACUCCCAAGGAAAGCCACAAGGAUACAAGAACAGCAAGUUUCACCGAGUAAUCAAAGAUUUUAUGAUACAAGGAGGCGAUUUUGUCAAUGGAGAUGGAACAGGAUCUUGUACCAUUUAUGGCACUUCAAAUUUUCCAGAUGAGAACUUUGUUCUGAAGCACGACCGCGCAGGUCUCUUAAGCAUGGCUAACUCUGGGCCAAAUACAAAUGGUUGCCAGUUCUUCAUAACAACUACAGAGACCCCAUUCUUGAAUGGGAAGCAUGUCGUGUUUGGGCAGGUAGUGGAUGGCAUGGAUAUCGUGCGGAUGAUCGAGAAUACACGCACAAUUAGGGACAAACCAAGCCAAGAUGUGAUCAUUACACAAUGCGGAGAGAUGUGA